AUGGCUUCCCAAGAUGGAUCCGACCAUGGUGAUACCGGAUCACGGCAAAAUGCCUCCUCUAGGGAACAAGAACAUGCAAGCUAUGGGGGAAACCUAGAGGGAGAUGAUGGAUAUAUCAAGGAAUUAAAAAAUGCCACCUCUAAGCCAGGUGAAGACGACGACAGGCAUCCACAAGAAGAAUCUGCUGCUGCUGGGAAGGGGUCUAAACAAAAGAGACCAUCUUUUGUUACCCAGGAAGAUGUCGUUGCCAUGCUGGAAAAGAGUUUAGUCGAAGCCAGGAGGAUUGGAAGUACAUUCCUCAGCCACCAUACCCGUCUAGCUUACUCCAGCAGCCUUAUCCCAAAGGUUACGAAACACCGACCUUUGUUCUUUUCGAUGGGAGGAAGGGAAGCCCGAAGGAACAUGUCAAACCGAUUCCUCGAUGCCUUAGGACCACAUGCUGGUGACUAUAAUCUUCAACUCCGCGAAUUCUCAAAAAGCCUCGCUGAUCGGGCUUAUACCUGGUACACCACGUUGGCGCCAGGUUCUAUGCAUUCUUGGGAUGAGCUGGCAAGCAGGUUUUGUAAAAAAUAUUUUCAGCAUGAGGAGAGGGUUACCACCACACAGCUCAACAACACUCGCCAAAAGCAAGGGGAGGAUCCUGUGGACUUUGUACGAAGAUUCCGGGACUUGGCUCUCGACUGUUAUGAUGAAAAAGAUGAGGAGGCACUUGUCGAGAUUUGCAUCAGUAACAUCAUGGCAGAUUACAGAGUUUACUUGGAGAAUAUUGGCAUCAGUCAAUUUUCUCAGCUACUGGAAGCAGUAAGGAAGACAAGCAUGUCUAUCAAGCCAACUGGGCAGAGAAGUUGGAGGAGCGAGAAGAAGGAAGCCCAUCAAACGCUGGCCAUAGAUGAUAAGUCAUCCAAUGACUACAACUCAUGCAAAAGAAAGGAUAGGGAGACAUACCCUCCAUUGCCGUGCAAGGACGAAGAAUUUCAUGCCAUUCUUGACACGAUGAUUGCUGACGGCGCAAUCAAGCCCCUUAGGCCCUACAAGGUCCCCACUAGGGAAGAAAAAAAUGACCCCAGGUACUGCCGUUACCAUCAAUUUGUAGGGCAUCCAACUAUUGCCUGCCAGAGCUUAAGGAGGAUCUUACAUGGAAGCAAACAUGUUGCUGUUGUAACAUGUUCUAACGACCUGCUCGAUGAUGAUGAACUGUGUCACCCAUGGAAGAACGACCCGAAGCCACCUGAGGCUAUUUGGGAGCCUUGUGGAAACAUGGAGAAAGCUUACUGGCGAAAAUAUUCAAAACCUUCAAGCUACAAUAUGCCAUGGCCACUUGCUGACGGAUGGGACCGCUGUGCAGACAACGAAGUAUUUAUGUUGGACAUGCCGGAAGAACAAUGCCUGGGAACCUCCUCUGGGCAGCAGGAAACGGCUGCUGUAACAUUUCAUGCUCUUACAGAAGCUGAGGCAACUGUAAUGGAGCGUUACCUAGGUUUGAAGCAAGGACCUACAACUUCGCAAGUUCUCCAAAGAAAUCCAAAGUUCAAGUCACUCUUCGACCAGCUUGGUUUUCGACCUCAGGCAAGGGAAGCAGCUGUUGUAGCUCUCAUGAACAUUUCUGCAAAAUCUAAUCCCCAUUGCUUCGCCGCUCAACCCUAA